AUGGAAGACAACACUGAGCAAAACAAGAAUACCAUUAUAUAUGAACUAGAUGAUGAUAACGGUAAUGAUGGUAAGUAUAAUAUUCAUAAUGAAGAUAAUAACGUCAAUUCUAAUGAUAUUCUAACUAAAAGAGAUAUUAAGCAUCUAGAUGAAUUAACUGAAAAUGAUGUGUUUGAAAUGACAUUUGAUUCAGAAGAAAAUGGAGAAAGAUUUUUUAAUUCGUAUGCUAAGGUGAAAGACAACACUGAGCAAAACAAGAAUACCAUUAUAUAUGAACUAGAUGAUGAUAACGGUAAUGAUGGUAAGUAUAAUAUUCAUAAUGAAGAUAAUAACGUCAAUUCUAAUGAUAUUCUAACUAAAAGAGAUAUUAAGCAUCUAGAUGAAUUAACUGAAAAUGAUGUGUUUGAAAUGACAUUUGAUUCAGAAGAAAAUGGAGAAAGAUUUUUUAAUUCGUAUGCUAAGGUGAAAGGUUUUAGUAUUCGAAGGGAUCAGUUGUAUAAGGACAAGAAUAAUAUGGUUAUAUCAAGGAAUUGGGUAUGUUCAAAAGAAGGACACAGACAAUCCAAAUACCUUGAGAUUAAAGAACGUAAAAGAGAACCAAAACAAUUAACUAAAGUUGGUUGUCGUGCUUGUUUUUGUAUCAAAUACAAUCGGCGUACUUCCAAAUAUGAAAUGAAUGAAUUUUUCAAAGAGCACAAUCAUUCCAUGAUAAGGCCUCUUGGUGUUCAAUUUCUGCGCUCACACCGGAAUGUUACGAGUGCCGACAAGGCAUAA